GGCGUUUAAUAAAAUCACAAAUGUCAAAUUUUUAUAUUUCUUUUUGGUUAUUCGUUAUUUUAAAUUAUUUUAUUUUUCUGCUAUUUAAUAUUACUACAGUUUAAUAUGUCUUAUAAAGUGGAUCCCAAAGAAGUAUUAAUUUAUUUAAAUAAUCUAGGCUACACAAAUGUAACUGCUACUCAGCUAAAGGAAUUUAUUGUGGAUCUAAAAAAGCUAAUGAAGUAUGAUAAAAGAUAUAAUAUUGAGCGAGAGAAUGUUCUGCCAGAUCCUGAAGAAUCUGAAUAUUGCGAAUGUUCUGAAAAUAAAAUGGAUUUUACUGCAAACGAGUCAAUUUAUAAUGGUGGGAUACAAACAGGAUUAAAUAUUCCAUCUGAAAAGCCAACUAAUGCAAAUGUACUUGAUGCACAUAAAAAUAAACAUAUUUCUUUACAUAUAUAUGAGAGUAAAACAAAGAAGAAUGUUUUACAUGAACACUGUAUCCAUAUUAAUGAUAAUAGUAACUUUCAUUCACAUAAACAAGAUCUUAAUAAAGAAUCCGACUCUAGUAAUUUGCAUGGAAAUGUCUCUACAUUUUCUAGUACACAACCCGUUUCCUCUAGAUCUAGUAAGACAAGCGUGAAAGAUAAAAAAUCUAAAGUAUCAUUUAUACGACCCACGGUGUCCAAACCUUCAUUUAACAAAUGUGAUCCAGUAGCCUUAUAUCAUCAUUAUCAAUCAGAAUGGAAAAAAUCUAAAAUUCCUGGGCAAGAUAAGCGGGAAGAUUUAAGGUGGGCAAUUAGAGAAAGAAUGUGUGGUGGUCCUAAAGUUGAACUUAAAACAAGAGCAAUUAGUAGGAGAUGUAGCUCAUGUAGAUAGCAGACGGAUAGUUUUACGUAAACUAAAUAAGUUUAAAACAGACAAUUUAAAAUAUAUUUUUUUAAUAUAUAAGACAUAUAACAUAUUGACGGAAAUUGUUAAAUAAACAAUAAGAGUUAAAAGAAAAUGCACAAACGAAAAAUAGGGGAAAAAUGCUUUUUAUUUUUACUUCCACUUGUUCUAGAUAUCAGUUUUAACAUUUAUGAGCUUAGUAACAUCCUUUAAUCAAGGGUAACAUCAAAAUUAAUAUUAUUGAUUAACAGAAAGUUUCUUUAAUAAACUCAUAAC